AAUAUAUGCUGGAUGUUAAACUUUGUGUGCUUUGUAACAGGUGAAAGCUGUUGCGGAGGAAAUGGGAAUUGGGUUUGUAGGAAUUGGUUUUCAGCCCAAAUGGGGACUUAAAGAUAUACCUGUUAUGCCAAAGGGAAGAUAUGAGAUAAUGAGGAAUUACAUGCCUAAAGUGGGCUCACUUGGGCUUGAUAUGAUGUUUAGGACAUGUACUGUUCAGGUUAAUCUGGACUUCAGUUCAGAGGCUGACAUGAUCCGCAAAUUUCGUGCUGGUCUUGCUUUGCAGCCUAUAGCAACAGCUCUAUUUGCGAAUUCACCAUUUACUGAAGGAAAGCCAAAUGGUUAUCUCAGCAAGAGAAGCCAUAUUUGGACAGAUACUGAUAACAAUCGGGCUGGCAUGCUUCCCUUUGUUUUUGAUGGCUCCUUUGGGUUUGAGCAGUAUGUUGACUAUGCUCUUGAUGUUCCAAUGUAUUUUGUUUUUCGCAAAAAGAAGUAUAUUGAUUGUGCGGGGAUGUCAUUCCGGGACUUUUUGGCUGGAAAACUUCCAUGUCUUCCUGGUGAAUUGCCAACUCUUAAUGAUUGGGAGAAUCAUCUGACAACAAUAUUUCCAGAGGUUAGGCUCAAGAGAUACUUGGAGAUGAGAGGUGCUGAUGGAGGGCCUUGGAGGAGGUUAUGUGCUUUGCCAGCAUUUUGGGUAGGUUUGUUAUACGAUGAGGUCUCACUUCAAAAUGUUCUAGAUAUGACAGCUGAUUGGACCGCGGAAGAAAGAUUAAUGCUGAGGAAUAAGGUCCCAAAAACUGGUCUUAAGACUCCAUUUCGAGAUGGUUUGCUGAGGCAUGUUGCUGAAGAUGUCUUGAAGUUGGCGAAGGAUGGUUUGGAAAGAAGAGGGUAUAAAGAAUCAGGGUUCUUGAAUGAGGUGGCUGAGGUUGUUAGAACAGGUGUAACACCGGCUGAGAAACUUUUGGAGAUGUACCAUGGGAAGUGGGGACAGUCUGUGGAUCCUGUUUUUGAGGAGCUGCUCUAUUAAAAUAGAAUAAGUUUUCUGCCAUUUUAAUGGUGACCUAUUUGUUAUCCUUGGUUGAAUUUUGGUCUAAUCCUUCUGUUUCUUCCGAACUGUUUUCAAUUUACAGUCGUAGGAAUAAAGGGUGUUGUAAAUUCUUGCAUGAGGGUCCCCAUGUAACUCUCAUCGAAUCUAACCAGAUCAAACCUUUGUUGAACUCUGUUGCAGACAAGUGAAAGUUAGUGAAGAAUCCAUCACAAAUGUAAGAUGAACUUAUGAAGUUGUACUUGUAAUAAGGUUGUUUUUAAUUUGAUUACAAUACAUUAUUGUCACUUGCAUGAUUCUUGUUGUUCAAAGACUUAGCAUAUGAUUGUAUGCUUAGAGGCUUUUCUUCAUCUCUGAAAUUUAUUGAUUUCCUAGGUUA